AUGAAUAGUACCUUAUUUACUAAUUGGUUAUACGAAUUUGAUAAAAUGAUUCAAAAACAAAAACGUCAAAUUUUCCUGUUCUUAGAUAAUGCACCAGUACAUCCACCUGAUAUCAAGUUAAAGAACAUCGCCAUUAAAUUUUUCCCCGCUAAUACAACAGCUGUUAUUCAACCUAUGGAUCAAGGUAUAAUUCGAACUUUCAACGCUUAUUGUCGAAAACAUCUUGUUCAACAUAUUAUUGCAAAUGUUAAUGGUGCCUAUUCAAGCGAUUAUGUUGUCAUAACGGUAUUAUAUACUGUUUGUUGGAUUGAUUCUGCUUGGAAAUUCAUCACAGAGACAAUUCUACGUAAUACAUUUAAAGAAGCUGGACUUGAUAAUGCUGUUGUUUCUCCAGAUUCGAUCUUGAUACAAACAACAUUUACCAAUGAAAAUAGUGUUGAACAAGAAAAUAAAUGUUUACAUGAACUUGAUAACAUACUUAAACAUUUAACAAUCGAUGAUGAUUUCAUUUCAGCAGCUGAUUUUGUCGUGAGUUUUUCAUCAUCACUUUAUAGUCUCUAA